GUAUCUCUAUUAUUUAGAUGUGGUUGCUAAUACUUUGUAUUAGACAUUAUUUUAUAUUGUAGAAAUGACUUUUGUAAUACAUUUUAAAUCAAUUUGUUAACUUGCAUAAUUCACUUCAUUUAACAUUAUUACACAUCAUUCUGAAACCAUCAACGACUAUAAUCAUACAGGCACUGCUACACCAUCGUCAUUUAACACUACCCUUCUCAAUAGUCAAUUGUGAUAAACAACAAACGUGAUCUCAAACAGCUGCGAAUGAAAUUAAUGAUUUCAUUUCAAUUCCCAUGGAAAAUGAAACAAGCAAGGAGAUGUGCACUAACGGUGAUAAUGUUAACGUUGUUAAUGGCGGAGCUUCCAUCAAUGGAGUCAGCGCACAAAGCGUUUAGGAGAGACCCUGGAAGCCCUCACUGGCACCAUGGAGCUUUCCAUGACGUCAAGGAUAGUGUUCGAUCUGACGUUCGUCGUAUGCUUCAUUCUCGCGCUGAGGUACCUUUCCAAGUCCCACUAGAAGUCAAUGUGGUCCUUGUUGGGUUCAGUGGUGAUGGAGGCUUUAGGUACUCAUUGGACUUCCACAAGCUGCAGGAAUUUCUUAAAGUCAGCUUCCCAACUCAUCGUCCCUCCUGUUUGGAGACUGGAGAGCCGUUGGAUAUAGAACAUCAUCUUGUCUACAAUGUUUUCCCGACUCAACAAGCGGAAUUGAUAUCUCUUGAGAAAGUGUUAAAGGAUGCUAUGGUUCCUGCUGGAACAGCAAGAGAGACUGAAUUUGGCAAGGAAGUGCCUGCGUUUGACAUAGAAGCAACAACUGUGGAGCCUGUUUUUCAGCAGCUUUAUACGUACAUAUUUAAUGUUGAUGGAACUGGGUAUCCAACUCCAGAGAUUGACAGGCCCGUGCCAACUGCAAUAUUUGUGUUGAAUUUUGAUAAGGUCAGAAUGGAUCCUAGAAACCAGGAAAUCAAUCUAGAAAAUUUGAUAUAUAGUAGAAUUCCACAACUUACCGAAGAUGAUGUGAAAAGGCAAGAAGGGGAUUACAUAUAUCGUUACCGGUACAAUGGAGGAGGAGCAUCUCAAGUUUGGCUGAGCUCAAGCAGAUUUGUUGUUAUCGACUUGUCAGCAGGUCCUUGCACAUAUGGGAAGAUUGAAACUGAAGAAGGAAGCAUUGGUUCAAGAACACUCCCACGCAUUAGAAAUGUGCUGUUCCCUAAAGGUCUAAAUGCAGGUGCUGAUCAUUUAAACCAAGAUGUGUUUGUUGGUCAACUUGGAUCACUCAUCUCGACCACAGUGGAGCAUGUCAUAGCUCCAGACGUUAGGUUUGAAACUGUUGAUAUGACAAGAAGGUUGCUCAUACCAAUCAUUGUCCUUCAAAACCAUAAUCGAUACAACAUCAUGGAAAAAGGCCACAAUUACAGUAUAGAUGUUGAAACUAUCAAAGCUGAGGUGAAGAAUAUGGUUCACCAAGACGAAGAAGUGGUUAUUGUUGGGGGUGUGCAUAUGCUACAUCAACAUGAGAAGUUAGCUGUUGCUGUUUCCAAAGCGAUGCGGGGCCAUUCAGUCCAUGAAACAAAAAAUGAUGGACGUUUUCAUGUCCAAACAAAAACAUAUAUCGACGGUGCUAUUCUUAGAGAGGAGAUGGAGAGAUCGGCUGAUGUGCUUGCUGCUGGUAUAUUGGAAAUGGCUGAUCCCUCUCUUUCAGAUAGGUUUUUCCUUCGCCAGAGUUGGAUGGAUGAAUCAGCUGAUUCAAGUGAUUCCAUACUAAAGCACAAGCCUUUGUGGGAUACUUAUGGAAGUAGACAUGGCAAAAAAAAGAAAAGAACUCUAAAGAAAGAAGGAGACCUUUACAGGACCUACGGUACCAGAGUCAUACCUGUUUUUGUGUUAUCAUUGGCUGAUGUUGAUCCCAACCUUAUGAUGGAAGAUGAAAGCUUCAUUUGGACAAGUAAAGAUGUUGUAAUUGUGCUUGAGCACCAAAGUGCACAAAUACCUCUCAGCUAUGUUUCUGAAACAAAAAGGAGGCAUGCUCUUCCAUCACAAGCACAGCGUCAUAUAUUGGCAGGGCUUGCUUCAGCUGUUGGUGGACUUGUUGCUCCGUAUGAAAGAGCUUCACAUGUACAUGAAAGACCUGUGUUGAAUUGGCUUUGGGCUGUUGGUUGUCAUCCAUUUGGACCAUUCUCCAAUUCUUCAGGAAUCAGUCAUAUGCUACAUGAUGUUGCACGAAGGAACACAAUAUACGCUCAUGUUGAUUCUGCACUACGGAGGAUCAGGGAUACAUCAGAGGCUGUUCAAGCCUUUGCUAGUGCAUAUUUGAAGACUCCUCUUGGAGAACUAGUGAAGGGUAAAAAAAACAAGACAAGUACUGACCUGUGGUUGGAAAAAUUCUACAAAAAAACAACUCAUCUUCCAGAACCAUUCCCACACGAAUUAGUUGAAAGAGUAGAGAAAUACUUGGAUCACCUUGAAGAACAGCUCGUUGACUUGUCAUCACUAUUAUAUGACCACCGGCUUGGGGAAGCAAAUUUUAACAGUUCAGAAAUCCUGCAGUCAUCGAUUUUCACUCAACAGUACGUCGAUAGUAUUUUGGCCAUUGAAAAGGAGAAGAUGAAAUGCUGCAGUAUUGAAUAUAAAGCCCCUAUGCAUACAUCUCAAACAUUUAUAUAUGGGGGAAUUCUUAUUGCUGGUUUCCUUGUAUAUUUUCUGGUUAUUUUCUUCUCGAAUCCCGUUCGCUGACUGUAAUUUCAGUUUACUUGUAUGAGCUUACGGUGCUUUGGGAAACUAUAAUUAGGUUCUUUACCUCUUGCUGAUCUUGCGCAGGAAACUUAUUUGUUUUUAUGGUGCCCAUUAUUUAUUGGAGAAAGCUAAUAGAGCUUCAGUAAUUGGAUUUUGUUAGUAUAAAAUUUACUUAUAACCUUAAAGUGAUCACUUUCAGUUUUGAAGUAAUUACUUUUCAUAGGAAAUAUUUAAGUGAUCACUCAUAAUAUUAAAGUGAUCACUUACAUUUUUAAAUGAUCAAUUACAGAAAUUGACUAAUUAUAUAGGCUUUUAUAAUAGUGUGAUGGUCUCAUGUAAUACUUGAUGUAUAAUUUAUUAUGUGAUUU